CGUCUCAUGUGACAAAAAUAACAUGUUUGGUUUGUAUGAGGUCGUAAAGUGCUUGUCAGUGAAAGACAGCGACUCAAGUGAACAGAGCAUAGUAAAUUAUGCCUGGCGGGAGGCUGGAGAAGUUAACUUUUUGGCACUUGUUGCUUCUACUGGAGACAUUAUACUGAGAUAUUGUUGCAGUGGACAUGACCCUGUUAUUAGUCAUAUUCCAUGGCCAGAAAGUAGAUCAAUUGUAUGCUUAUGUUUUGAUCCUACAGUCUCAUGGCUGCUUGUCAUUUCUGAAGAUGUGACAGUGUCUAUUGUUCCAGUGUUAUCACUGAUGGACAGUACAGCCAAAGUAAACAGGUUAUGGAAUCUUGAAGAUGUAACAGUUCUUCGCUUUAAAAGACAGCAAGGUAUACCAUCUGUAGUGACCUGGUGGCAUACACUGGAUGAUAGACAGAUAGCAAUCAUUGGAAUGAAGAAUGGAAACAUACUGUUGGUUGAUUUGUCAACAAGGAAAAUGGUUCAUCAGUUUACCUUAGAGACCAGAAUUCAUAAAUUAGAAUUGGUUGAAGAUGACCAACAAAUGUCUACUUAUUUAAUGAUUACAGGUCAGCCAUUAGUUCAGUGGAAACUAUUAUUAGAAUGUCGUACACAAGAACUAGCAAUGCCAGUAGAUAAGGAAAUAUCAGACAUGGGAUACGAUGGACUCAGUGGACGAAGUCUACCAAUACUGUCAAUUACACAAGUUACAGAGGAAACAAGAGGCCUGUUCCAGCCCCAGAAGUUAGACCAGUUUCCACGCUCAGUCAUUCUACAACCCCAAUGUGCUAAAGGUCAUCACUUCAUAACCUCUCACUGCUCUAAAGAAUCUACUUUUCAGGUUUAUGACAGUAACAUAGACAGAUCACCAUUAUUUGCCUACAAGUUACCCAUUGGAUCUGACAUUGUAAUAUUGACAGAUAAAGUUCUGUUAGCCAUGACACGUCUUGCCAGUGGAAAGAAGCUCUACAUAAUAGCAAAUCAGAGGGCUGAAACCUCAAUGGACCAAACAAAGGAUUUCAACAAAGAUGCAGUUCUACAACAGUUUGAUAUACCACAAAAUGAACAUCUGCUUACCAUACAAAAGAAAUCCUUUCCAUUUUACUGGCAUGAAAAAUGUGAGGAGAAUAUGAGACAGAAAUAUAAUCAGGAUAUCAAACUUGGAUUGACAUCAUCAGGGUCGUGGCAACCUGGUCUGACAAUGUCACAUGAUAUUCAAUUGACCAAUCAUACUGUAUUAGAUGGUUGUAUUAUAAUAACUGAUUCUUCAGUGUAUGAAAUGAAACCAAGAAUAUCUCCAGAGAGGUUGUUUUUAGAACUGACAUUUUACAGCGAGUCUGCACAUGUAGAAAACCUUGGAAUUGGAUUAGGACUUGAUGUUAACACAUUAUAUGAGAAAUCAGCAGAAUAUUUACUACAAAGAGGUCAUGUUGCCCAGGCUAUUAAAUUCUGUAAAGUUGUCAAGAGUACGUCAUAUAAACUAGUUAUGUACCUGGCUAAAUAUGGAUAUGUAGCUGAUGCUAUUUCACAUUUAACAUUGGCACUAUCUAAUAGAGAAAUCAGUACAGCAGACAGGAAACAUGUGUCUAACUUAUAUCUACAUUGUAUGGUAUAUCAGCUGCAAGAUGGAGAUAUGGAGACAAAUCAGAAAACCUUAAUAAAUGUACUUGUUACAGACUUUUACUACGAAGAAAAACAAGCAUUAGACCUGUUAGCUGAACACAAUCUUUGUGAAGCACUAUUGGAGCUAGCUAUGGCCAGAGGUUUGGUGUUAGAAGCAUUAGAGAUUUUAGUACAGAAAGGUCAUAUUGUUCUAGAACCAUGUCUUAUUAGUAAGCUAAUAGAAAAAGGCUUUGCACAUCACCUGAUAAGGGCUAGUAAUGGUGUACUGCUAGAUGGACUAACACCAAACAGCUUAGUAGUGUUAUUCUGUGAGAAGCCAAUUCUAGCCUUCCAUAACUACACAAAACUGGUACCCUACAUUGAAGAUAUAGAAACACCAGUGCUGGAGAAGUUGUGUGAAAUAUUUGAUCCAUCACAAUCAUACUUUGGAUCACAUUUAGGUAGACAAUUGUUGCAUUCAAGGAAAAGAAGAGGAAGUGUUAGUUCAAUGACAUCAAUAUCCAGUGAAGGGGAUACCUAUACUGAGCAGAUGGAAACAUUUCCCGACAUUUCUGAGUUGAUAGGAUUUUUCUUCACAUUGGUUUUACAUCUGAAUAAAAGAUUAGAUUCACCAACAGCUGAAGAUCUUAUAAUGAUGAAACCCAAGGCCGUUGUUAAAAAGGCAAGAAAGUCAGAUAUAAAAUUAAGAAAAAGAAAAUUGAAAUACCAGAUGAAACUAGUAAGUUGUGGAGCUCAACAUGUUGGAGUUGUUAGAAAUGGCGAUUUGUAUACCUGGGGACGAGCUUCACAUGGUCGUUUAGGACAGGGAGAUCUGGUACCAGAUAAUCCUACACUGGUUCCCUGCCGAGUUGACACACUACAUCAGCUACAGAUAAAGGUGAUAUCAGUUUCAUGUGGUGGAGAUCACACAGUAGCCUUAACUCAUCAAGGAGUGUAUUCAUGGGGUUCAUCCUUGUAUGGUCAAGUGGGAGUAGGAACUAGACAUAUGUACAGUCGUGCUAUGUUAGUUAAUUUUGGCCAUCAUAUUAUCAGUGUAGUAUGUGGACUGUUUCAUACUCUUGCUCUGACUAAUGACAAUCAAGUGUAUAGUUGGGGUUGGGGAGUACAUGGACAACUGGGUCACGGAGACCCAGAAGAUCAGUUGACACCAAAAAGAAUAGAAACUUUGUCAGAUAAACAAAUCACAGCAGUAUCUGGUGGAUAUUGUCAUACAUUAGCAUUAUCAAGUCAGGGUGAAAUAUGGGUAUUUGGUUGUGGUUAUUUUGGUCAGUUGGGCAUAGGUCAUACCACCAAACAGUCUUUACCAGUAAAGAUGGAGAGAAUACCACAUAAAGUUAAAAUGAUAGCUACUAAGUAUUUCCAUAAUGUAGCUGUAACUAUACAUAAUGUUGUUUAUAAUUGGGGAUGUCAUCCAUAUAACCUCAGAUUGAAUGCUCAUGCUGUACGUAGAGCUAGGCAAGCGGGUACAGCAGUCAGUGAUCCAGUGGAGAGAUUCCUUGUUCCAGAGAUAGUCGACACUAGUUUUGUUCAUGGUCGUAUUGUAAAGGCCUCCUGUGGAAAAUCUCACACUUGUUUAGUAACGUUAGAUGGUGAUGUCUACACAUGGGGACGUAAUAUGGAUGGACAGAUUGGUAAUAACUCAAGACAAGAUGUUAAAACUCCAUCCAUGGUAACAAGUAUAAAUGACAAACAGAUUAUUCACAUAUCUUCAGGAGGUGAAUUUAAUGUAGCCAUGGAUUCAGAAUAUUCUUUGUGGGUUUGGGGCAAAAAUGAAUUUGGACAGUUGGGUCUUGAUCCAACAGAUCCUGGUAGAAGAUUAAGACCAAGUAGUAACAUGAAGGAACAGUUGGUACCUACACGCUGUACAGCUUUGCCAUCAGUUAAACCUUUACAAUCGAGACAUUUAAUGCUAUCAAGGUCAAGGUCAUCCAGUAGUGAUGAUGAAUUACUGCUGAGUGAUGAUGAUGACUUUGUACCACAUAUACCAGACUUACAGUCAGAUGUUGGUGUCAAGUACAGUCGUUGUGUUGUUUUGACUAUUUUGGAGCAUUUACCAAGUGUGUGUAAUUGUUUAAAGUUACUUAGAACAUAUGUUGAUCACCAGGACUGGUUAAGUGCAGCAUACAUUUGUCUCCAUCAGACCAACUAUUCACAGGCAUUAUCAUUCCAUCUGGCUGCUUUAACUCACUAUAAAUCAUCAUUAGACAGUAGAUUUACAGAGGUAUCCAAGACUGUUAUUCAAAAUUAUAUCAGGUUAUGUGUGGAUCACAAGUCUUCUGCAACAGAAAAAGAAGAAGUUUACAGAAUUUUACUGUUACAGAUUAUGAAGUUUUGGGAGACACAUUCAUUACAGACUUCAGACUUAGAAGAUGUUUUACAGACACAUAAAGAUUGUUUUGCAUGUGAUUUAUGUACAACUCUGUUUUGGUUGAAAACAGGAGAGUCAUCUAUAGAAAUAACAAAUGAGUUUAGAUUAUCCUUCUCCAUGAGAUUCAAAUUCAAAAUUCUGGAGACAGUCAUUCAUGCAAUUUCCGACACAGAAUUUGAAAGACGUCACCCAGCUUUAUAUCUGAUGCUAAGUUCAUUAACAAUAAAACAGAAUGCUUCCUCCCUCUCAAACCUGAACCCAUUCAAUCAGCUAUGGCAUGAUGUGGUACAAAAUCUUCAGAAAGAACAUACAAACUAUAUCUACAUAACACGAGGGGAAUUGGAUCAUCUUGAUGAGAACUUGCACAUGUCUCGUAGAAGUUCCUCUUCUGAACCUAAUGCUGUAGUAUUUACAUGUGGACAUAAUUAUACCCGACAGAUAUUUAUUGAAGAAAUCAUGACUAAAUUUGAAAAAGAAAUAACAGAUGGACAUACAAAGCUGGAGAGAUGUGGUAGUAUUUUGAUGCAGUAUUAUCAGAGACCUGGGAUGUUAUGUGUAGCAUGCCCUAAAUGUGUUGUUAAUGCUUUACAUAAUUGAGACAAAGUUAUAGUUGUUAUUGAGAUAUUUACUAAUGUAACCGAAGGACAUUUCCAAGCACUCCAUUCAGUCUGUUGUAUUUAUUUUUCCAUCUUACACUACUGGGUAAUCUGAGUAAACUUUUGGAGGUAAUCAUACAAAAUGUUUUAUAAAAAUAUUUAACAUACUAUUAAGGAGUGGAGGAAUAUUAAAAAAUUGUUUCAACCACACUUUUCUGUGAAGGAAUUUCUCAGCAACCAUGCAUCAACAUGUUAUUUGAUUUAGCAUUUAGCAUAUUUUUGAGCUGUUAGGUAUAAAGCAUUUUUACAUGUUUUGUCAGUUUCAUGUGGUUCCUGCACCAUAAUUAACAUUUCAAACAGAUGUUAUACUAGAAUUUUUCAGGGCAGUUUUCCAGCAACUAUGCAUCAUAUAAAAGUUGGAAUUUAGAUUGUUGAUUAGUUGAUAGGUAUGAUAUAUUUUUACAACUAUUUCACACCUGUUACCUAAAAAGUUGUAUGUUCUUCAACAGCAGUUGCCUAGUUGCAAUCUCUGAGGGUACAAGUUAGGAGAGUAAUAUAAGGUUAUUCAUAGAUUUAUGUGUACAAAAAUGUACUUUAAAAUUAAAUGGUGCCAUAUAAAUAACUGUCAUUGUAUUAAUACAAACAAUGUAUUUAAGAUUUCAUAAGAUAUAUUUUUAUUGUUUUUUUAAAUAAAUUUUUUGAUAUUUUUGUAA